AUGAGCAACAAGAAGAAAAAUAACUCAAAGCAAGAACAUGAGAAAAGUUCUUAGCUUCAAAAGGCUAAUUAACAGAUAGAAGAGCUUUAAAAGGAGAAGGAUAAUCUUAAAAAGUUGCUGUUAUAGUACUAGUCAAAUGACAAUAAAAACCAAUCUCAAAGUGGAAGCAGUCAUAACUUUACAAGCACUACAGCGCAGGAUAGAUAAAUUGAUCAUUAAAGACAGCAAUCCUAAAAUAAAAUUCAACCAUAUAGUGAUUAAUUUGAGUAAAACGAUUAUGGAAAAUAGAGCUGCUAAUCAAGCUCUAAUUUACACGAGCGCAACAAAUCAUAUCAAUAAUAUGAAGAGUAAAACAGAAGAUUGAAUAAAGAUGAAGAUUUGAGCAAAGUAACACUAAAAACAGAAAAUAUUAAAGAUGAAGUACUUAAACUUGGCUAAACUAUGCAAGAAAUAUUCAAAAAAAUUGAAGGAUACGAGAAAAUAAAUGAUAAAAAAAAAGAAAAUUAUCACAGUAAAUAGAGAGAUUUUAGAGAAAGUCACACUAAGGAUAGAUCAAUUAAUAGAAACCACGACAAGAAACACAAUAAUAGAAAGAGAUAUUUAAACAAAAAAUCUCCUAAAAAAUCAUACUAAAGUACAGACUCUGAUGAAUAUAAUUAAGAUGCUGGUGAAUUUAGUAGUAGCAGUAGUAGUUUUAAUAGUGCAAGCAAUUCUAGUUAAAUUAGUCAAGAUAAUAACAGUGAUUCUAGAAAUUCUUCAAUUAAUUCAAAAGAUUACUAUUACUCAAGCUCUAAACAAUCUAAGAAAGAAAGCAAAAUAAAAUAAAGGAAUUAAAAGGAAGAAAAGAGUAAAACCCAUCAUUCAAAGCAUAGAAGCAAUUAAUCGUCAAAUGUUGAUAAUGAAUUAGAAGAAGAAGCUCUCCAACUUUUAAAUACUAUUUAAUUAAAUCCUUCUACAAAAUUUGCAUUCUUAUAAAAAUUUGGAAAUGAACAAAUCUUCCUUGAAACACUCAAAUAGUCUAAAAAAAAUAAAAUAGUUUUACUCUAAAUUAUCAGGAUGAUGUUAGAAAUAAUUAACGGAAAUGGAAAUACUGGAUCAGAUUUUUCAUCAUAGUUAUAUGCUUAAAACUACUCCUCUUCCUUAAAUCAAAGUAAUAAUCACAAGAAAUCAUACUCAAAUAGCAAUGUUAUAGUAUCUCCUAUUAAUCUACCUAAAGUGACUUCAAGUAGAACUUAAUAUGCUAACAGUCCUAAUAUUUAUAAUUAAACGAAUAGUUUUGGAAACUCAUAGUAUGCUUCCUAGCAAUAUACUGGAGAAAAUUUAAUUAAGUUGCUUGAAUAACGUGUUUAUAAUUCUGGUAACAUUUCAUAAAAUAACUUUCUCAAAACUAGUUCCCUUCAAUAAAAUAGUAUCUAAAAUAACCCUAUGCUUAUCUAAUCUAAUUUAAAACUCAAUAACUCAUAGUAAGGACAGUUAACAACUGAUCAACUUGCUUCAAGUUAAUUAUUAAGUACGACUUAAAGUAGAUUUGGGUUGCUAAAUUACUAUCCAGAAAAGCCUAAAAUCUAAUUUUAAGUUGAGUUGAGAGAUAUAUAAAAUAAGGAAGCCAUGUUAAAAAUGCAAGAGUAUGAAAGCUAAAUAGAAGGCCUUGAAAGUAAACUUAAGAAUCUCCGUUAGAAAGUAGAAGAUGAUAAUUAAAGAAGAGCUUAGGAAGAAGCAGAUAGGCUAAGAAGGCAAUAAGAAGACUACUUAAGGAGAAAAGCUGAAAGAGAAUAAGAAGAGUUGCUUCGUAAACAAAAAAUAGAAAAAGAAGAAUUCGAAAGGCUAAGAAGAGAAAAAGAGGAAUAUGAAAGAAGAAUUCAGCAGUAUAAAGAUGAAGAAGAGAAGUUAAAACAAAAAAUCAGAGAGGAAGAAGAAAGGUUAAGAAAAAAAGAAGAAGAAGAAAGAAGACUCUUGAAGGAAAAGGAAGAGGAAGAAUAUAGAAGAAGAUAAAGAGAAAAGUAAGAAGAAGAAGAGAGGAGAUUGUAAAGAGAGAUAUAAGAAUAACAAAAUAAACUUCUUUAAAAACUAGAACCUUAAAUCUAAGAGGACUAAUUACUAGUCAAUGAAAGGGUUUAAUCUUCUGAAUCAGGGUCUAGUAAAAAAAUUCCUGAUUACAUGAAAGUUACAAAAAACAGAUGCAACUAUGUUAAAGAUGUUCAAAAAGAAUAUUUAAAAAGAUCAAACUCGAUAGGAAGUAAUGGCUCUACUCCAAAGAGUGCUAGGAAUAGUGCUAAUGUUGUUGCCAAUUAAAACUGGGAAAAAGUUUUAAGCAAAUUUACAGAGAGUGUAGCAGAUAAUAAUUCUUAGAAUAGUGAUGUUUCGCCUGUUGAUUCUGAUUACAAGAAAAGAAGCAAUUUUGCUACAUUGAAAGCUUCUAUCCAUAAAUAGAGUGGUGAAACACCUAAAUCUCAAAAUAGCAUUAAUCCAGAUAAAUCUUCUGCUCCAAGACAAUUUUAAAGUAAUUUUGCAGACUUAGUAAAUUAAGAAGUAUAAAAGCACAAACAAUUUACUUAGCCCUUUUAAGCUGACACUAACUAACCUCGAAAUUAAACUCCCAAAUCGAAUAAAUCUUAAAGUUUUUAACAAAGAUAAUCAGAUAUUAUUUAAUAGACAAGAGAUAUUAGUCCUAAAUAGUAACUAAGAUAAACUGAAAAGGAUUAGUAAUAAAUUAAUUAAGUCAAAGCAAUCAGCCCUAAAUAGUAUGAAUAACAGCUAAAUAAAAACCAAACAAAUUCUGAUAAAAGUAUUAAAUCAGAUAAUCAUAAUAAUUAACCCUCUGAAAGAAUGAUUUCUGACAUACAAAUGAAAGCAGUUGAUAAAAGUUAGACUUAGUUAUAAUAAUCAGUUGAUGAAGAUUAGAAAUUAAUAAAUUUACUCGAUGGAAAUAAGGAAGAAGUAAACAAAUUUGAAUAAAAUAACAAAUAAAUUCAAAACGGAUAAACUUUUAGCAAGAUAGAAGCUGUUGAGGAUAACUUAAAUGACGAGCUUGAGCAAUUAAAUAAUUUAUUAGAAAUGAAAAAGCAAUAAAAGAAAAAAACAAUAAUUUAGUAAGUUAAUAUUCAAAUAGAAGCAAUCUAGGAGGAAAAGGAGAAUAGUUAAUAAACCGGCAGAGCUGCUGAAUAAAAAAAUUAAAACCAAGCCAUAGUAUAAAACGAUAGCUUAGCUUUCAGUAAUAUCAAAGAUAAUGAUUCAAAUUUAAUUUCUCCUUAGACUAAACAAAUUAAUAAUAGCCCACCAAUAUUCACAUAGCAGAUAGAAUAGUAAAAACCUAAUUUAAACUUAUCCUUUAGCUAAGCAAACUAAUUAAAUAGUUAGGAAGAUGUCACUUCUAAAAGAAACUAUGAUUAAAAAGAUAAAUCAAUUAGCUAAAUUGCCCACAAUUAGUCAGAAGAUUUUUCAUAACUUGGAAUUGAAAAUGAGCUACUUUGUUAAAACUAGAUUUAAGAUCCUGAAGAAAAUUUAUCUAAUUUAAACGAUUUGUCUUCUCCUAAUCAGUAAUAGGCUACUCCUAAAGAUUCUCCAUAAGUCUCAAAUUAAAAACCUACUUAGCUGUUAAAAAAUGUUGUUAAAUCAAAAAUAAUGACUCAAUUAAAGUCAGCUGCAGCAUCAAAAUCAGUUAACUCAUCAUCUAAUUCAUAAUAAAUUCAAAGAAGUGAUAACAAAAAGCUGAGCUCAUUACAAUCUACUGCUUCAAAAGUUCCUGUAGCUUAAUCAUAACCAAAAGUUACUUCAUAUUUAUAAAAAAAAUAAAUAUAAUCUACCAACUAAAAAGUAGCAGAAAAGAGUAAAACUGAGCCUUCUAACUAAGCUUCAGCACAAGUAAAAGCUGAUUCAAAGCUUAAGUCCUAACAAUCUCUAAAUAUUGGUAGUUAAAGUAAUCUAAAUAAAAGUUAGUUAGCUAAUAAAUCUACUUUAUCAGUAAAUUAAAAUAAUACCUCUAUUACUGAGUAAAAGCAAAAUUCUUACAGCUAGUUAAGAGCAAGCGGUGCUUCAUAAAAGCCAACAUCAGCAACAGCUGUAACAAGGACAUAAACUAAAAGCUCUACUAUAGUACCUAAACUUGCUAAUUCUAACUCAACUCUUAACUCUUCAACUCUGAAUAAAUCUAAAGUAGAAGAAAGUAAAAAGACACUUGCAUAAUCUACAGUAGCUAAAUCCACUCCGACUAAAACUACCACAACGACUUCAACUAAAUCUUCAUCAUAUGCUCAAAAAGCUGCAAGUAAACAAAAAGCAAACUGA